UGUACAUGCACAGAACAGUUAACAUGUUAAUUACUCGAUUCCUAUGUGUUCUAUUUCAAACGAGACUGGUCCCAUUGAAGAAAGUAGUAGUAAAAAAAAAGUAGUAUAGACCGAUGUAGACGACGCUUGGAGCGCGGCCGUGCAGUGUAAUCAAUUGGGUGAGAGGCUGGAAGUCACGGCGGGGUCGAGUUACACGUCGCAUGCAAGUCGGGUUGGCCGUCCGCAGCAGUUUUUGCAUAGCUUCCCCGCCCCGUUUGGAGCGUCAGAGGGCCUGCUCCAAGCUCUCCAGGGGUGCUUCGCAAAGCGGAGGCGGCCUCCCCACACUUUGCUCCAAAGUGUACGCACGGGGCUGCUCCUCUGGACGCGUUUUUAAUCCGCAACUGGAUGCAUUUUGCACACAGUUUAAAAUUGAGUACCACCCCAUCUUCUUCAUACGUGUUUUGAUCUAGUUUUCCCAGCGCCUCGUCUGAUUGCAGCAGAUUUAUGCAUUAGAAUAACCCCCAAAAAGAUGACGGGUUUCUUGAGAACGUGCCUGGUCCUGGCGCUGUGCAGCGGCGCGCACAGGCUGCGGGCAUCCCCGGCUUCUUCGGAGCAGGGUGAGGGCGCGGAUGACAGCGCCUCGACCCUGGCGUUCGUGUUCGACGUGACGGGCUCUAUGUACGACGACCUCAAGCAGGUGAUCGACGGCGCCUCGCGGAUCCUGCACAAGACCCUCAACCGGAGGACCAGACCCAUCAAAAACUUUGUUCUGGUUCCUUUCCACGAUCCAGAUAUCGGUCCCGUGUCCAUCACCACCGACCCUAAAAAGUUCCAGCAGGAUCUUCAAGAGCUGUUUGUUCAGGGUGGGGGUGACUGCCCUGAGAUGAGUGUUGGAGCCAUUAAGAAAGCCUUGGAGGUUUCUCUUCCUGGAUCCUUCAUUUAUGUCUUCACUGACGCCAGAGCCAAAGACUACCGGCUCAAAAGAGACGUUCUCCAGCUGGUGCAACUCCGUCAGUCUCAGGUAGUUUUUGUGCUGACCGGAGAUUGCGGUGACCGUUCCCAGCCUGGCUACAAGGUCUACGAGGAGAUUGCAGCCACGUCCUCAGGGCAGAUCUUUCACUUGGACAAGCAGCAGGUCAAUGAGGUAUUAAAGUGGGUCGAGGAGACUAUUCAGACCAUGAAGGUCCAUCUACUGUCCUCAAAUCACGACAGCGCUCAGGAGAACCAGUGGGAAGUGCCCUUUGACCCCAGCCUCCGAGAGGUCACGGUGUCACUCAGUGGGCCUGCUCCGCAAAUCGAGCUGACCGAUCCCCUUGGCCGUGUUGUAGGCAUUGAUCAGGGACUGACAGAGCUUCUGAACAUUCCCAACUCAGCUCGUGUUGUGAACCUGAAGCUUCCCAGGCCUGGCACAUGGAAACUGAAGGUGAGUUGCGGUGGUCGCCAUACGCUGAGGGUCACAGGGGUCAGCAAUCUCGACUUCCGGGCGGGCUUUUCAAGCGCACCUGUCCAAGAGUUCAACCAAACCAGGGAGAGGCCAAUCAAAGGACUUCCAGCAUAUGUUUUGCUAAAAUGCACAGGCCUAAAACCUCCAGGUCACUUGAGUCACGUCGAGCUAAUGUCUGGGUCAGGACGUUCCCUACGUACCAUCCAAGUGCCUCUGCCCUCUGACCUUGGCCAACAAGGGCUUUGGCCUGUCCCAGAGUUAUACACGCCUUCCCAGAGUUUCUUCAUCAAGACAACGGGCAGAGACGAGGAGGGCUAUCGCUUCCAGCGCCUGUCGAGUGUCUCGUACACCAACAUCGUUCCAGCUCCCCCAGCUGUGAACAUGCCUGAUGCAGUGAAGGCGUUCUACAUGCAGCCUGCUACGAUUGGCUGUUCGGUGGAGAGCGACCUACCUUACAGGCUAAGAUUCGCCAGAAGUGGAACGACACUGGGGGAGGAGAAAUUCUUCCAGAAGUCUGCCACUGCAUCAUGGGAUAUUGACCGUGCUUCAGCGGAGGAUGAGGGCUUUUAUGAGUGCAUAGCGCAGAGCGGCGCGGGACAAGGACGUGCGCUAACCCAGCUGACGGUCAGAGAGCCUCCUCCUGUACUGAAGGCAGCAGUCAACGUGACGUCUUCAGUGGGCGGCGCGGCCGCGCUGUCCUGCCAGGUGGAGGGCACCAUGCGCUACAACUUGACCUGGCAUCGAGCAGGUCGCGCCAUCCGAGCUCGCUCAGGGAGGGUGAGGCUGCUGUCCGACUCAUCCCUGCAGAUCAGCGACGUGCGGACUCAGGAUGCAGGGGAGUACCGCUGCGUGGCGGCGAAUGCCCACGGAGACACCAGCAUCACCGUGUGGCUCUUGGUCCCAGAGGGACCUUCUGUGGUGCUUCACCCCCAAAGGCAGCUCUUUUCCAGAGGGGACGAAAUCCGCCUUGUCUGCUCAGCGUCCGGCUCUCCCCCUCCUUUGCUCUUCUGGAGCCAUGGAAACGCGUUCCUUGCUAAUCGGCCGAGGUUGAGUCUGCACCAAAAUGGAGUCUUGACCAUAAAGGGGGCCACCCCGGAGGAUGCUGGGAACUACACAUGCCUGGCCAGCAAUGUGGCUGGGACUGCCUCGCAAUCUGCUUUACUUACUUAUGCAGAGGUGCCUAUUAUAAAAGUGAUCCAGCAGGUCCUGCUUGUAGCUGUUGGAGGGGAUGCCACUCUGGAGUGCCAGGCCAGUGGGACUCCACCUCCUCUUGUCCAUUGGUUUAAAGGGAAACUUGAGGUGGGAUCCGCCCCCUUUGUUGAGCAGGAUGUCCAACGCGGGAGCCUGCACAUUCGAGGGGUACAGGAGGUAGAUGCCGGUCAGUACAAAUGUGUGGCCAGCAGCCCUGCCGGGACCUCCUCUGCUACAGUCACUUUGGAGGUCGGAGCGGGCCCUCUCUUCUCCGAGGCACCGGUCGACAGGGCAGCUAACGUAGGUGAGAACGUCACCCUUCCCUGUGUCGCUCGAGGUUUCCCGCGACCGACGGUCACCUGGUACACUCAAGAUGGGAGACCGAUUCUCCCAAGGACGGAAAGUCACAGCAGGAAAAUGCAAAUGGAGAAUGGAUUCCUUCUGAUUCAGAGUGUCUGGCUGGAUGAUGAGGGGCCGUACAUCUGCGAGGCCACAAACCAGUUCGGAACCGUCAAAGCCGAGGCGAGAGUUAGUGUCACUGGACUGGAGCCCCCACUCUUAGCUCAAGGUGCCCCCGUCGUCACCGCUGGCGUCGGACAAUCCCUGAGCAUCCCGUGUAUGCUGCUGGAGGGAAUACCUCUCCCAGAAAGACGCUGGUCACGGAAUGGGAAAGCUGUUCAGCUGAAUGGGAGAAUAUUUGUCAGGAGCGAUGGAAGUUUAUACGUUGAAAGAGCGGUCCCAGAAGAUUCUGGGGCCUAUGUUUGCACCGCAGUGAAUCCAGCAGGCUCCGCGAACAUCACGGUGUCCCUGGAGGUCCACGUGGCCCCCGAGAUCAACGCUGGGCCCUACCGCUACAUCGCCAACGAGGGAGUAGCCAUCACGUUAUCGUGUGAGACCAGUGGCGUUCCUAAGCCAGUUGUGGUCUGGUCCAAGGGAAGGCAACCUCUGCCUCGGGAAAGCUCCUCGCUUCAGGCUAACCCCGACGGACACCUCCACAUCCCCCACCCCACCGCCGACGAUGCAGGAAUCUACGUCUGUACCGCCACGAGCGCCGUGGGUUACGCCAGUCGAGAAAUCCAGCUCAGUGUUAACACAAUGCCGGUGAUAACGGGGGUGAGCGACGGUGACGCCACGGUGGAAAUGGCUGCAGAGGUGGGAACGGAGGUAGUUCUACCUUGUGAGGCCCAAGGGAGUCCGUCGCCGCUUGUCACGUGGAACAGAAAUGGUCACCCCAUUCCCCCUGUCACAGCAGGGUUCACUGUUUUGCCCUCAGGCUCCCUGAAGAUAACUGACGUCCGACUGAUUGAUAGCAAACUGUACACCUGCACUGCAGAGAACCCAGCUGGAAAUGUGUCUUUAAGCUACAAUUUGCACAUCCAAGCCAAGCCCAGGAUUCAGCCCGCCCCCCGUCUGCUGAAAGCGCUGGUCGGGCAAACCGUCACGCUCCCGUGUGUGGUCCAGGGGGAGCCGAUCCCAGAGGUCAAUUGGUUUCACAAUGGUCUUCCUGUCGGGAUCGAGAACACUUCGCCCCUUCGCAUCCGGCGGGUCAGCCUGGCUGACAAAGGGACUUACCAGUGCGUGGCUCGAAACAACAUCGGACAGGAGAUUUUGGAGAUCGCACUGGAAAUUCUUGAGCCCCCCUCUUUUGCAGAACCAGGAGAUGCAGUCAUGGAGAAAAUAACUAACAGCAUGGUUAUCCUCCCUUGCCCUGCUGAAGGCUCCCCACAUCCCAAGGUGCGCUGGUUCAAGAAUGGCCUGGAGAUACACGCAGGACAAUCCGACUUUUCGGUGACGAACAAUGGAGAUCUUGUCAUUAGCAGAGCGACUGCCAGUCACAGCGGUGACUACAAAUGCGUGGCUACGAAUGAGGCAGGCUCUGUGGAUAGGAAGACCAGGUUGAAAGUGAAUGUUCCUCCUGAAAUCCAAGAUGAUGGGCAGGCACGCAACCUCACAGUGACUUUAAAGCAGCCUCUCACUCUGGGUUGCGAUGCCUUUGGUAUUCCCUCUCCUGCAAUUACCUGGACUAAAGAUGGUCAUCCUGUCGACGGAGCUGGGCUGUAUCUUCAAAAUGGGAACCGCCUGCUCAGAAUCUACAGGGUCCAGCAAGAACAUGCCGGAAUCUUUGCUUGCACCGCCCAAAACUCAGCCGGGGAAGCACGAAGGGAAUAUCGUAUUGUGGUGCAAGCUCCGCCAGUGAUUUCAGGAACGUCCAAACGACAGGAGGUAACGGCCAUCCUGGGACAGGAAGUGGAGUUUCAGUGCAGGGUCAGUGGCCGUCCAGCACCCAGAGUGGAAUGGAGCCGCGACGGAGAGGUUCUCUCCCGUGAAGGGGAUCCGCAUGUGGAGUUUCUGGAAGACGGCCAGGUGCUGAAAGUGAAAUCGGUCCGGCUGAGAGAUCAAGGACUUUACCAAUGUCUGGCCAGCAACAACGCAGGGACACAGAUGCGCCAGUUUAGACUCACAGUGCAAGCUCCUCCAACAAUUAAGGGUCCCAGUGAGACGUCAGACGUGUCUGUGGUACUGGGCUUCUCGAUAGUUCUUGCGUGUGACGUAGAAGGUUCACCCACACCGAGUAUCACCUGGUUGAAAGACAACCAACCCAUUGUGUCGAGCCCCCAGCUGACGUACACGCAGGGUGGGCAGGCUUUAAGGGUGGGCUCGGCACAAGGGGACAGCACAGGCCUCUAUACCUGUCGGGCCUCCAAUCCGGCCGGCAACGCUGUCAAGCACUAUUCUCUCAGUGUUUUGGUGCCCCCACAAAUAGAUGGUAACGCAACAUCUUCAGGCACUCGGGAAGAGAAAGUACGAAUCAAUGGCAGUUUAACUCUUACCUGUGUUGCCAAAGGUUUCCCUGAGCCCAAAGUUUCCUGGUUCAAAGACGGGCAGCUGUUGACAGGAAACAGCCAUGUUGGCAUUCAGGCGAGCGGGGCCUUCCUGCACCUCGAGAAUGCCAUGUUGUCCCAUGAAGGGCAGUACACAUGCGUGGUCACCAACUCGGCAGGAGAAGACAAGAGAAACUUUCAUGUCGCCAUACAAGUUCCUCCAGUCUUCCAUCGUGUGACCAACAGAGAAGCAGCCUGGGGAGCAGAUGACAGGGAGGAGGACGAGGACAAUGAGGAGAUGGUCGAGAAGCGCGAGGUAGUCCUCGGCCAUCCCAUCCGCCUGUCCUGCGAAAGCAACGCCAUACCACCACCCAAACUCAAUUGGUACAAAGACGGACAAAAGCUCACGAGCGCUGAUGGAACAGUUUUACAGCCAGGUGGACAGGUGCUACAAAUUCCUCGGGUGCAGAGAGAAGAUGCCGGAAGGUAUACCUGUGAAGCCGUCAACGAGGCCGGGGAGGACCACAUGCAUUUUGACUUGGAGGUCUUGGUGUCACCUGUGAUCGUGGGUGCGUCUGAGGAGUUUAUGGAGGAAAUAGGAGCAGUGGUCAACAGCACGGUGGCCCUCCAUUGUGAUGUCACUGGAAAUCCAAGCCCGACUAUCUCGUGGCUGAGAGACGGACAGCCCGUUCACGCAGAUUCACAGCAUGUCAUCAGUGAGGACAGGGCAAAACUGCAGCUCCUGAGUGUGCAGGUUUCAGACAUGGCUGGGUACCUCUGUAUAGCGGAAAACAAGGUUGGAUCCGUUGAGAAACUCUUCAGUUUGACUGUUCAAGUACCACCAAGAAUUCUAGGCCCUAAAGAGGAGGAGCUGAGCGUGACCGAGGGUCACAUGGUCUCAUUUCUGUGUGACGUGCAAGCGUAUCCUCCACCAGAGAUCACUUGGACCAAAGAUGGGCAGAUCCUCCAUUUUAAUACUGGGUUCAACAUAUUGCCAGGUGGCCAGAUGCUCCAGUUGCCCCGGGCAAGAGUCGAGGAUGCAGGACAAUAUGUUUGCACGGCCACUAACUCAGCUGGCCAGGACCAGAAGAGUCUUGUCCUCAGUGUUUACGUCGUGCCCACCCUGAAGCCUCGUCUUGGUGCUGAGUCAAAUGUGGUGACCUCGCAGCUUGGUUCUUCCAUCACCCUGCGAUGUGAGGCCCGUGGUGUCCCUGAGCCCGAGGUCACGUGGUAUAAAAAUGGGCUCCAGCUCGCCACGGGGAACGGAGUCAAGACAGAUCGCCACCAGCUGGAGAUCACAGGAGUUCAGAUGGCAGAUGCUGGCACUUAUACUUGCAAAGUGUCCAAUGUGGCUGGCCAGGUAGACAGGACAUUCAGACUGGCGGUUCAUGUUCCUCCUGUCCUUGAUGGGCCUCUCCAAGUGGCCCAAAAUUUCACCCUGGGCUCUCAUGCAUUGCUUCGGUGUGAGGCUUCAGGAGUCCCCGUACCAAGCAUCACGUGGCUGAAAGAUGGAUCACCCAUUGAGAGCAGCCUGCAGUGGCAGUGGUCUAACCGAGGGAACCACCUCGAGCUGGGGCCGAUUACUCUUUCUCAUGCUGGAACGUACACCUGUGUGGCCAAGAACAGUGAAGGACAGGAACAAAAGGAUUACAUUCUCUCAGUGCAGGUAUCGCCGACUAUUCUGGACUCUGAGUAUCCAUCUGAAGUCAGCGCACCCAUGGGAGAAGAGGUGACGCUGGAGUGCAGUGCAGCAGGAAACCCCGCACCUCACCUUAGCUGGCUUAAAGACGGCUUGACUUUGGAGGGGUCAGGUACUCGUCACAUUGUUUUGACACCUGAUGGCAGCACAUUAACCUUACUACGGGUUAGUCCAGAGGAUUCUGGAACAUACACCUGUUUGGCUGUGAGCCCUGCUGGUCAGGAGAGCAAGAUAUACACCCUCUUUGUCCUUGUUCAGCCGUCCAUCUUGGGUGAGAGCAGUGAGCCCAGAGAGGUGCAGGCCGUACAGGACAGUGCUAUGACUCUUGAGUGUCGUGCCGAUGGAAACCCUCCACCUCAGAUCACCUGGCUCAAGAACGGGCACCCUCUACUUUUAUCGCCCCACACACGCCUAAUCUCUGGGGACUCCGUACUGAGGAUUUCUCCUGUGCAGUUGUCAGAUGCUGGAGUUUACACCUGCAUAGCUCGCAGUCGAGCUGGUCUCGCUGAGCUUAGCUAUGAUGUCCAGGUCCAAGUGCCCCCUGGUGUGGCUCAUGUGGAACCAGCGGAACCAGUGACGGUGAUCAAAGGAUCCUUGGUGACGCUUACGUGCGAGGCGCGCGGCGUUCCUCCUCCGACGUUGACUUGGAUGAAGGACGGCCAGCCGCUGUCACUUCACCGGAAUCUGCUGCUGGAUGGUCAGGAGACACGACUGCAGCUGCCUGACGUGGCAGCCUCGGACGCAGGCCUUUACAGCUGUGUGGCCAGCAACCAGGCUGGAAGCAGCACAAAGAGUUUCAAUCUCACCAUCCUUGAGCCACCAAAGAUAUCCAAGUUUAGUGCACCAGAAGAGCUGACGAUUGCGGUGAACAAGCCACUGGAGUUGGAGUGCUCUGCAGAGGGAGUUCCACCCCCCACCUUGAGUUGGCUCAAGGAUGGUCGCCCACUGGGAGGGACAAACGCCAUUCAGGACGACGGACGAAUCCUCAGUAUUACCAAAAUUCAGGUUGAGGAUGCAGGUCUAUACACCUGCUUGGCAAGCAGCCCGGCUGGAGAAGAUGGAAGAAACCACUGGGUUCGAGUACAAGUCCCUCCGACCCUGCUUGGUUCUGAAGAUGUGCGGACUCUGUCGGUGCCGCUUAAUGGACAUUUGACCCUGGAGUGCCUGGCUGACAGUGACCCUCGUCCCGAUAUCGCGUGGUACAAAGACGAGGUCCAGAUGCAGCUGGGUGGCCGUAUUCAGCGGCUCGCAGGAGGCCAGUACCUUGAAAUUCAAAACGUCAGACCGGAAGACAGCGGCCAGUACAGCUGUGUGGUUGCCAACAUGGCCGGAAGCACCAGUCUGUUCUUCACAGUUGAGAUUGUCUCGCCACCGGUAAUCAAGGACAGCAGCGCGGUGGUGACUGCUCAUUUGGGCCAAGAUGCGGUUUUACCUUGCGAAGUCGAGGAUGGCACGACUCCUGCGAUUAUGUGGAGAAAAGAUGGCUUCCCCAUAACCCACGAUAACAACAAGUACACCAUCCUAGCAGAAGGCUCCUUGCGUGUGCACCAGGUCCAGCUGAGCGAUGCCGGUCGCUUCCACUGCACCGCAUCAAACCAGGCUGGUUCAGACCACCGGGGAAUAGAUCUCAGAGUCUUUGUGGGUCCUUCGAUCAGUCCAGGCCCGUUCAACGUAACAGUAACCGCAGGCAUCAGAGCUGUCCUGAGCUGUGAGACGACAGGCAUACCUCCUCCUAAAGUAUCUUGGAAAAGGAAUGGCUCUCCUCUUGAUAGUAGCCAGCAAACUGGUGCAUACAGGUUAUUAUCUUCUGGGUCCUUGGUACUUUUAUCACCGUCCAACGAGGAUGAAGGUUACUUUGAGUGUACGGCUGGAAAUGAUGUUGGAGAGGAGCGCAGGGUCAUUGAGGUCAAGCUCCAAGUCCCCCCGACCAUCGAAGACGACGUCACAGCAGUGACGGCGGUGAGUCGGUCUCUUGUGGAGUUGCCUUGUCACGUUAAAGGACGACCUGAUCCGACCGUUUCCUGGACAAAAGGUGGAGCCAAGCUGGGAUCUCGAGGAGGAAGUUAUCGCAUCCUUCCUACUGGGGUGUUGGAGAUCACCGCCGUGCUACCACGCCAUGCCGGACGGUACACUUGCUCAGCUCGAAACGCGGCCGGAGUGGCUCAUAAACACGUCUUACUCACGGUACAAGAGUCUCCUGAGAUCAGGCCGAUGGCAGAGGAAGUGCAAGUGGUGUUACAUCAUGGGACCAUUUUACCCUGUGAGGUUCAAGGAUUUCCUCGACCGUCCAUCACAUGGCAAAGAGAAGGCGUUCCCAUAGCAGCUGGUCACAGGCUGGCUGUGCUCUCAAACGGCGCCCUUAAAUUUGCACGUGUUACUCUUGGAGAUGCAGGGACGUACCAGUGCCUGGCCCAAAAUGAAGCUGGUGUGGCUGUAGGAAGAACCAAACUUGUCCUGCAAGUUCCACCCGUGCUGAGCGUGCCCCGUGCCGAGUACACUGCUGUGCUGGGCCAAACGGUCGGUCUGGAGUGUGCAGCGGAUGGUCAACCCCAACCAGAAGUUACGUGGCACAAAGACAGGAGGCCUAUAGUUGACAGUGCUCAUAUUCAUAUAUAUGCAAACGGUACACUGGUGAUCACUUCUACCCAGCGCAGUGACGCAGGGACCUACACGUGUACCGCCAAGAACCUUGCCGGCAGAACCAGCCAUGAUAUCCGACUGGUUAUUCAAAUUUCCCCCAUGAUUCCUCCCGGUCAAACGGAGAUGUCAGUCAUUCAAGGAUUCCAGGCCCUGUUACCAUGUGCUGCUCAGGGUUCGCCAGAUCCCAAAGUAUCAUGGGAAAAGGACGGCGCGCUUCUCGUCAACGUUCCGGGCAAAUUCACAUCCCUGCGAUCCGGAGAGCUGAUAAUCGAGAGGGCCGAGCCAGGAGACGCUGGAAAGUUCACGUGCGUAGCCACCAACGCAGCAGGCUCAGCGAGACAGAAUAUUCACCUGUCCGUCAAUAUGAGGCCUGCCUUUAAAGAGCUACCCGGGGACAUCACCUUGAAUAAAGGACAGGACUUGUCCCUGUCCUGUCACGCCCAGGGAACGCCUCCUCCUGUCAUCUCUUGGACAGUCAACAACAUACCUUACCUAGGCGCCUCGGUCGAUGAAGCGGGCAGGAACACAAUCGUAAUCGACAACGUUGCCACGAGCGAUGCCGGGACGUACGUGUGCGUCGCGGAAAACAGCGUCGGCUCCAUCCGAGCGCUCUCCUUCGUCCGCAUUCGAGAGCCUCCUGUGCUGAAGGGUGAAGCCCACACGUCUCAAACGGUUAAACAAGGCAGCUCCGCCGUGUUGGACUGUCCGGUCCAUGGAGACCCCAGCCCCGUCCUCCGCUGGCUCCGAAAUGGAAACCCCCUGCCGCGCUCUUCCCGCGUGCAGACGCUUCACAAUGGAUCGUUGAUCAUUUACAGCAUCACAGCUGCGGAUGAAGGAGAUUAUGAGUGCGUGGCUGAAAGUGAAGCUGGCACAGCUGAGCGGACCAUAACGCUCAAGGUUCAAAUUAACGGAGGCUACUCCAACUGGCAGGACUGGGGUCCUUGUAGUAGCUUGUGCGGCGAAGGCUUCCAAGAGCGCGUACGACUUUGCAACAACCCCGAACCGGCUAACGGUGGACGAUCAUGCGCCGGGCCGAGUGUCGACUCCAGGAGAUGUCGGGCUGGCCUUUGUCCGGGUGAAUCCCCUCGCACGACCAGAGGCAGCCUGAUCGGCAUGGUCAACGAGAGGGAGUUCGGAGUGUCCUUCCUGGAGGCGAACAUCACAGACAACGAAGAGGAUGGCAGCAGCACGUUGCAGGCCCGUCUUGACAGCGUUCCGCCCAGCGUGGGUCCCUUGCUGCGGGUGCUGGUGUCGGUUUUUGCUCCCAUCUACUGGACCACCGUGCUGCAGAGUGAGCGCACCAGGAACGGCUACUCCUUCGCACGUGGCCAGUUCAGGCAGGAGUCCCAAAUGGAAUUUGACACAGGGGAGGUCCUCCGUCUCACUCAUGUCGCCAGAGGUUUGGAUUCUGAGGGAGUUUUACUGAUCGAUAUCGUGAUCAACGGCUUUGUACCUCCUUCGUUGACAACGUCACAUGUGAGCCUCAAGGAGUUCGAUGAGUCCUACGUGCAGACAGGCCCCGGGCAGAUGUACUCCUGGUCAUCACAGACCCACCAAAAGGGAGGUACCCCCAUGGUACUGCACUGCAAUCACACCAUCAUUUACGAGGGCGAGGAGAACCGCCAGGGCCCUCUGCUCCAGCUCUUGAAGGUUUCUGGAAUCAAUAGUGUCUACAAUAUGAUGACUCUUACACUGGACUUCCACUUUACUGCCGGCCUUCUCAUACCAGAUGGUCACGAAGAAACGUGUCCUAAGGGUUUCGUCCUCGACACGACCUCGUACUGUGCAGAUGAAGACGAAUGCGCUCUUCAGUCUCCCUGCUCUCACUCGUGUAACAACAUCAUGGGAGGAUUUUCUUGUGUCUGCCCUCCCGGCUUCACCAUCUCCACGGAGACCAACACAUGCCAAGAUAUUGACGAGUGUGCCCAGGGCUCGCACAUGUGCCACUACAACCAGCAGUGCGUCAACACGGUGGGCACUUACCGCUGCCAAGCCAAGUGCGGAGCAGGAUUUAAGCCCAGCAUUACAGGAAACAGCUGCGAAGAUCUGGACGAGUGCCGUGAAUCUACCCUUUCACCGUGUCAACACCAGUGUCUGAACACUUUGGGCUCCUUCCGCUGCAUCUGCCAUCCUGGAUACCAGCUUUCAGGACAGCAAUGCAUUGACAUCAAUGAAUGCAUGAGGAAUGUGUGUCCAGCUCACCAGCAGUGUCACAACACCGACGGAGGGUACCAGUGUUUCGACAGCUGUUCUGCUGGCAUGACCAAAGCCGAGAACGGCGUGUGCGUGGAUAUUGACGAGUGUCAGGACGGAAGUCACAUGUGUCGCUACUCUCAGAUCUGUCAGAACACAGUCGGGGGUUAUGGCUGUAUAUGUCCCAGAGGUUAUCGAUCUCAAGGAGUUGGUCUGCCAUGUCUGGAUGUUGACGAAUGCCUGCAGACACCGAGCCCAUGCGUCUAUCAGUGCCGCAAUGUGCCAGGCAGCUUCAGGUGCCUCUGUCCACCUGGAACUGUUCUGCUUGGCGAUGGGCGCUCUUGUGCAGGGCUGGAGAGAGGGCAGAUCUUCACCAAUGGAACCAGAGUCAGGGCGAGACUUCGGCCGCAGCUGGUGUCCUCCCUCGGCAGGCCAAUUUUGUCCCGCCCUCACGGGGUGUCUCGUAUUACCAGGCAGAGCUGCCCCGCAGGAUACACUGGCAGAGACGGCAAAUGUGUUGAUGUGGAUGAAUGUCUGCUGAGGAAGCCAUGCCAACAUGAGUGUCGAAACACUGUUGGCAGUUUCCACUGUUUAUGUCCUCCAGGCUACCAGCUGCUACCCAAUGGCAGGACCUGUAAAGACACUGACGAGUGUUUAGAGCAAGGGAUUCAGUGUGGCCACGGUCAGAUGUGUUUUAACACCAGAGGAGGAUACCAGUGCCUGGACACUCCCUGUCCUGCUUCCUUCCAGCGUGGAAGAAACCCAGGGACAUGCUUCAAGCCCUGCACUCUCGAUUGCGCCGCGGGAGCCUCGUCGAUGCUCCUGCACUACAAACUCCUCACACUUCCCUCCGGCAUACCAGCCAAUCACAACGUAGUACGGCUAUCUGCUUUCUCGGAGUCUGGCAUCCUGCAAGAACGCACAACUUUUACCAUACUAGAGCAAGAAUCCGAGGCGGAUCUGCCGGCCCGGGCGUUUGGCAUCCGGGACGAAACGGGCCGGGGGAUCAUCUACACACUGCGUCUUCUCGACAGACCGGAACUGGUGCGGCUCAAGGUGCGGGCCGCCACUGUUUCGCAGCAGGGCCGUGUGACCUACCAGAGCAUUUUCAUCAUCUACAUCUCUGUUUCGGCAUUUCCCUACUGAGCCGCUACUGCUCACAGGUGACUUCGCCCCUGAAAGAUCUUGAGAUACUUUUAAACCGAAGGCAAUUCCCAUGAAACGUGAGCGUCAUUAUGUCCUUUUGAAGACAUUUUGACAUACAGUAGGCUAAAUGAUCAAGAGGACACGGUCAAUCAGAGAUGUGGAAGUAUCUGUGACUGGCAAAACUUGCAGAGACUUACAAAUCUGCGACUGAAAUAUGGUGGAGAAGAAAUAAAUAUUAUCAUCGAUAUGCCUGACCAAAGAAAACAAAAUCUGUACUUACUCUCAAAAAUCAAAAAUUCGACGCAUCAGCCAUUAAAGCAAUAAUAUUAUUUACUAUUGAUCAGAAAGUACCAGAAACUUGUCUCUUGGUGUAUUUAAGUUAGUCAUUGUUCGUUGGUACGGUUACUGUCUGAUUAGGGUGAAUAUAAAAUGGAUAAGGAGCAAAAUAUUUCACAAAUCCUGUUUUAAAUAUUGCCCUUGAAUGGCAUUGGACAAUAUUUCGAUUAUUAAACCUCCAUUUCUUUAAAAAAAAAA